AAAAUAGCUGCCAAUAAUACUCGCAUUGAUGAGUGGCCACCAACUAGGAUCAUUCGAGACUAUAACGAUCGCAUUCGUGCUUGAUAUACCACAAUCCAACGUUUAAGUCGCGUAAGUGAGAUUCGAGGGAUGAUAUUUGAUUGAUCGAAGUGUUACAGCCUGAAUUCCAGUGGAAAAACAAUGUUCAUCCGGGGAUACCAGCGGCCAUCAAAGAACCGACGAGUCCUUUAGAGUACUAGUGUACGUUGAUCGUGGAGCCUUUACGUCGGACUCGUACGUAAUAUAUGACUUUAUAUGACUUUUCCUUUGUGUAUGGAGCUUGAAUGUGAAACUCAGCCACAUCGAUGAUCAUGAUGCGGACAUCCCUCAGGCUUGUAGGGUAGUCACCGAGGAUGCUCUGUCAACUCAGAGCAUGCCACAGUGGUGGCUAUAUAUAACCAGGUCGAGCUCCCAAUUGAGGCUGGCAGUAGGUGGCUUACUAUUGUUUUUUCAUAUCUACAAGGUCCGAGUCCGAGCAUUCAUGUCAUCUCCGAGCGAGAGUAGGUUGCUGUUCGGUAACUCUACGCCCACUGCCUACGGUGCCUCCUUGAAUACCAAUGACGACCCAGAGUCCAUCUCUAGGAUUGUGUUGGAGAGAAAUGUUCUGCGAAAGCUAGAUUUCAGAACAGCGUAUCUUGUUCUUAUCUACAUCUUGAAUCAGAUGGAUCGACAUAACGCUGCCGCUGCAAGGCUUCGUGGUUUCGAGGAAGACCUCGGCAUGAAAGGUACACAGUUCAAUACGUUGAUCAGCAGUUUAUACGUCGGUUAUUUGUUCACACAAAUACCUUCAAAUAUGAUUCUCACUCGCAUAGCGAAACCAUCGCUGUAUCUAUCGAGCUGUAUAUCGCUAUGGGGUCUCCUGACCACUCUCAUUGGUGUUUACUAUCAAGCACUUGCCUUGCGUUUUCUGGUAGGAUUUUUAGAGGCUACAUUUUAUCCUGGUGUUUUCUAUCUGCUUUCAAGAUGGUAUAAGCGAGAAGAGCUUGGGUACAGGACUGCGUUUUUCACUGCAGCAGUCUGUAUUAGCAAUGUUUUUGGUUCUCUGUUUGCCUCCGGAAUUUUGGCGACCAUGGAGGGCGUUCUCGGCUAUGCAGCCUGGAGGUGGCUGUUUUUCGUAGAGGGCUAUUUGACAGUUUUCGUCGGCAUUUGCGGGAUGUUCAUACUUCCUGAUUUUCCUUCGGGCCCUGCGCAGGAUUUGAGAGGCCACGGCCCCGCUGGACCUAGUGCAUCCGGCGGCUUUUCCGAUCUCCUGUCGAUAAUCACAGAUUGGAGAAUGUGGUUGGUUGGUACGGCAUUGUGUUGCUGUGCUACAUCUUUGUCCUUUAAUAUGUUCUUCCCGACAUUGGUGGCCACAAUGGGGUACUCGCCUACCAUUAGUCUUCUGCUAUGUGCACCACCGUGUCAUUCUGAUGCGACGCGUGAACGCUUCGGGCACACGGCCUUUGCGUUGUCGAUGUUAAUUACGGGAUGUAUUCUAGCUAUGUCUACGAUGAAUAUCACCGUUCGCUACCUGUCAUUGUCUCGAAAUGUCAUCUUGUUGACGUGGAUCAGUAACACAUUCGCUCAUUCCAGCUCCAAGCGAGCAGUUGCGAUUGCGUUCAUCACCUCCACUGGAAUGUUGGGAAGUGUCCUAUCGCCAUACAUCUGGGUAUCGAGCUGGG